UGAGGAUCCAAAGUACACGAGUUUUGUUGUUGUCUUCUUGGUGAAGCUCUCUCUGAAAACUUUGAACUACUGAUGCUGGAACACACGAUUUCACUCUGCCGGACAGAGAAAUGAGCAGUUAUUAUGUUGGAGUGGAUGUGGGCACUGCCAGUGUACGUGCAGCUCUGGUCACGCAAGACGGUCAUGUCAAACACAUGGCAGAGGAGCCCAUUCACAUAUGGGAACCGUGUGCUGAUCAUUACGAACAAUCAUCUACAGAUAUUUGGACCAAAUGCGGCAAUGUUGUGAAGAAAGUAACUCAGGACAUUGAUCCAAAUGCUGUUCGAGGAAUUGGAUUUGAUGCCACCUGUUCUUUAGUAGCUCUGGACGGAAACUUCCAGCCUGUGGCUGUUAAUCAAACUGGUGUGAAAGAGAGGAAUGUUUUGAUGUGGAUGGACCAUCGUGCUGCAGAACAAGCCUCUCGCAUCACAGCCAUGAAUCAUAAAGUCCUGCAGGGGGUCGGUGGUGUGAUGUCACCUGAAAUGCAGCCACCUAAAUUACUGUGGCUCAAAGAGAAUCUGCGGGAAAGUUGUUGGAAAGAAACAGCACAUUUCUUUGACCUUCCGGACUUUCUGUCAUGGAAAGCUACGGGGUCCUUAGUAAGGUCUUUAUGUACUCUAGUAUGUAAGUGGACAUAUUCACCAUCAGAUGGGUGGGACGACACUUUCUGGACAGCUAUUGGUCUAGAGGACCUGCUUGAGAACAGUUAUUCCAAAAUAGGAAAGCUAACAUGUUGUCCAGGAAGUCCGGUUGGAGGUGGUCUCACCCUGGAGGCGGCUGCAGAUUUAGGCCUGAAACAAGGCACAGCUGUGGGAGCUUCACUCAUUGAUGCCCACGCAGGCGGGUUAGGGGUCAUUGGAGCAGACUUGAGGGGGCACCACCUGCCUUGUGAAAAGCAACCAAUCACAUCACGUAUGGCUAUUAUAUGUGGAACAUCUUCAUGUCACAUGGCUGUGAGCACUCAGGCGCUGUUUGUUCCUGGGGUCUGGGGCCCGUAUCUGUCCGCCAUGCUGCCAGGAUUAUGGCUAAAUGAGGGAGGCCAGAGUGCAACUGGAAGACUGGUUGACCAUAUGGUAAAAGGACAUACAGCUUACACACAGUUAAAAGAGCAGGCGGAUUCAAGUGGGAAACACAUUUACUCAUAUCUGAACUUCCACCUGGAACAAAUGGCCACAGACGCAACACACGUGGAGCAGCUGACAGCCGGCCUGCAUGUGUGGCCUGAUUUCCAUGGCAACCGCUCACCACUGGCUGACCAGACAUUAAAGGGCAUGGUUGUUGGUCUCACUUUAUCACAAACUUUGGAUGACUUGGCCCUGCUGUAUCUUGCAACUCUGCAAGCAAUUGCUUUUGGCACAAGACACAUCAUUGAUGCCAUGAAAGAGGCAGGACAUGACAUCACAACCCUCUUCCUCUGCGGUGGGCUCAGCAAGAACGCUCUGUUCGUGCACACUCAUGCCAACACCACGGGUCUGCCUGUUGUGCUGCCGGCAGAGAGAGAGGCAGUGUUAGUAGGAGCCGCUGUUUUAGGAGCCUGUGCCUCAUCUGACUACAGCUCCAUUCAGGAAGCAAUGGAGAAGAUGACCGAAAUAGGACAUGUUGUCAGGCCUAACAAUGAGCUAGAAAGCUUUUACAGAAAGAAGUAUGCUGUAUUUCUACGCCUUUACAAUCACCAGAAGGAAUACCUCAAACUCAUGCAGGAUUGAUGUUUGAAAGGCAUCACCAGUUAGACAUGUUUGAGCUGAUGCCUUGCCUCCAAUUGAUGGACAAAUUAAAAGGUUGAUGGACUAUAUACUAUUCUAGAGCAUUUUGUAGCAUUUAUUUCUUUAUUUGGUUAAAAUGAUCACAAUGAUACCGUAAAACCACUAGAUUUUCAAUAAUCUUUCCAUUUACUGUAUGCAACAAAGGGGUACUAUCACAAACACCUACACAUCCCCAUACACAUCUGUAACAAUUAAGGAAAGGAGGAAGCUGGGGCCGGCUUGACAAAACAAGUAAACAUUUAUUGUUGCACUUUUCAGUCACACACAAUAAGACACCGCUUUUCAGCAGUACACAAAAGGUUUGCAGCAUCCACCACAAUGUCAUGCAGAAACACACACACAGACAGCUUCGUGCGUCUCUCUCUCUCGUCUGCCCUGUCUCCUCUCCUUAAAUACUACUGCCGCUGCCCCUCACUGGAAUGCGAGACUGGUGUGGCACACAGGUGGACCUCAUUCACCACUUAUCUUCCCGGCCUCGCUCUGCCCAGACGCCACUCGGCCCUGCCCUGCUCGCCACAACAUCUCUUCUCUUCUCUUCUCCUCUGCAUCAUGGUGACUGAGUGUGGGGGAGGAAUCACCAAUAUAAAAAAUUAUGUUGUAGAGAUUAACCACAACUACUCAUGAAAAGAAGCACAUAGAUGUAAAUGUUGAAGUAUUAGGAAUUAAACUCUUUUAAAGACCACUGUGGCAUGCAUUACUUAGUUUUAUUGCCAUUUUGCCCAUAAAAUUUGUUUUUAACAAACGGCUCACUCCAUUCACCACAUGUAAUGUCCUGCAGUGUGACAUCUAUACUCCAUCUAAAAUAAUUUUUAAACAGCUUUUCCUUUUCUUAUUAUUUUAGAUUUAUGAUGCAUGCAGCUCAUAGUAAUAUAGCAGAGUUUCUGCAGGUCUAAAAAAGUCUUAAAUUGCCCUUUUGCAAAUUAAGGCCUUAAAAAGGUCUUAAAUCGGUGCAACAAGACUUAAAUUCAUAAGGUCAUGGUAUCAAAUGUUGCAUGAGGUAUUGGUUUCUCAUUGUGUUUAAGUUGUUUUAAAGUGAAGAGUAAUUUCUGGGUAUGAAUAGUACUCAUACCAAAUUUGCGGUCUCUAGGAUAUACUCUAUAUUGCCUCCACCAGUUCAAAAAUGCACUUUUCUGCUGUGCAUAUUUUUUGUUGUUGUUGUGAUUAACAUUUUUUUAUUGAUUCAUCUAUUAAACACUGAAAAGCAAAACAUAUACAAAUAGAAUCAAUAUUUAACCCUCACAAUCCCCGUCCCCCAUCCCCCAACAACACCCCAGUUGUCACAUAAUUAUAGACACACAAGCAAACAAAAAAAACAAAAACAAAAAAAAUAUAUAAUAAUCACACACAUCCACUACACCUCUCUCUCCACUGUCCCUCCCUGAGAGCCCUUCAAAAAAGCCAGAUACUUGCCCCAUUUCUCCACAAACAAGUCUAAAUUCCUCAGUCUUCUGGAUGCCCCUCUUCAAAAGCUGCUACCCUGCCCAUCUCCAAACACCAUUCCUGAAAUGGGGGUGCUCCAGCUGACUUCCAACCCCUUAAAAUUCUCUGUCUGGCAAUCAUAAUGCUAAUUAGGACCCAGUUUUUUUAUGUGCUUAUUCUCCAUAUUAAUGACUGCCCCAUCACCUAAAAUACAGAUUCUGGGGCAAAAUAAAAUUUGAGAUCCCAAUAUCUCAGAUCCUAUGCUACAGAACUGGCUCCACUUGUGUUAGAAGUUUAUACUGAAUCAUUAAAGAAUGGAAAGCUUCCUCCAACCAUGACACAAGCCCAGAUCAGUCUGAUUCUUAAAAAGGACAAAGAUCCAAGCGAGUGUAAAAGUUACCAUCCAAUCUCCCUGAUCAACUAGAUGUAAAAAUUUUGUCAAAAAUUUUGGCUAACCGAUUAAGUAAGGUUAUGACAUCUCUUAUACAUAUAGAUCAGGUGGGGUUUAUUCGGGGCCGCAGCACUUCUGAUAACAUCAGGCGUCUCAUUAAUAUCAUGUGGUCAGUAGCGAAUGAUCAGUCUCUGGUCGCUGCCAUCUCACUUGAAGCCGAAAAGGCGUUUGAUAUGGUAGAAUGGGAUUAUCUUUUUAAGAUUUUGGAAAUGUAUGGGUUCGGGAAUACAUUUAUUGGUUGGAUUAAUUUAGUUUAUAGACACCCUGUUGCAGUGGUACAGACAAAUGGAUUAACUUCAGAUUAUUUUACUCUGAAUAGGGGCACUCGGCAGGGUUGCCCUCUUUCCCCAUUAUUGUUCUGUCUUGCCCUGGAACCAUUAGCAGCCUUGAUAAAAAAGGAGGAUGAUUUUCCAGGGGUGAUUGUGGGAGGUGUGGCGCAUAAGCUUCUGCUUUACGCAGAUGAUAAUUUUUUAUUCGUCUCCGACCCCACUAGAUCUAUGCCUUGCCUCCACAGAAUUAUUAAUUCCUUUUCCUAGUUUUCAGGAUACAAAGCCAAUUGGUCUAAAUCCGAAGCUUUGGCUUUGACAGCAUACUGUCCAGUAACGGCCUUCCAACCGGGCGCCUUCCAGUGGCCCAAACAGGGCAUUAAGUAUUUGGGAAUUUUAUUUCCAGCAAAUUUGUCUGAUUUAGUCAGAGUUAAUUUUGAUCCCUUAAUAAAAAGGUUUUCAAAUGAUGUGGACAGGUGGGCUUCAUUACACUUAUCGAUGAUUGGGAAGGUUAAUGUAAUUAAAAUGAAUUGUAUUCCAAAAUUCAACUACCUGUUACAAUCUCUCCCUAUAGAUGUCCCCCUCUCUUAUUUCAAGCAAUUUGAUAGCAUAGCGAAGUCCUUCAUUUGGAAUGGUAAGCGUGCCAUAUUAAAUUUCAAUAAGUUACACAGGCCGAUUGACAAAGGUGGGUUAGGCCUACCCAUGAUUUUGUUUUAAUAUGAUGCAUUCAGUCUCAGACAUUUGGCUCAUUGGUCGCUUCCACCUGAGAGAGCCCCUCCCUGGUUUUGUAUUGAAAAGGAAGCUCUUGCCCCUAUCUCGCCUCUGCAAAGCCUUUCGAUCAAAUUAAUCGGAGAAGUUAAGUCACACCCCGUUAUUUUGCAUUUACACACGAUAUGGACAAAAGUGUCCAGAGUGUUUAAUUCGGAUAUUUAUUUAAAUGUAGCCUUGAGCAUCUGGCAGAACCCUAAACUAUGCAUUAAGUCCCCUUUCUGUUAGUCAGAUUGGAUUGUGAGGGGGGAUAAUUCACUCGGUAACCUAUAUGAGAGUGGAGUAUUGAGACCUUUUGAAAAUUUGGUUCAACUUUUUGGGAUUCCCAGAUCUCAAUUUUAUAAGUAUUUACAGCUGCGGCACCUACUCUGCACUGUUUUUGGGAGUGGCACGCACCCCCCUAGUGCGGCAGAUACUCUGGGAGUGGUGAUUACUGCUUUUGGAAAAGGUCAUGAGGCAUCAGUGUAUUACUCCCUGCUAAUUCAGAGUCUGGGGGACAGAGCUUUAAAUUUCUUCAAUUUAAGAUUCUACAUCGAUUUUAUUGGACCCCUUCUAAAUUGUAUAGGCUUGAUCUUAAGGACACACCCACCUACUGGUGAUGCCAUUCAGAAGAUGGAGACACCACCCAUGUUUUUUGGGGGUGUCGUAAGAUACAGGAGUUCUGGUUGAGGGUCUAGAAUUUUAUGGGUGACGUAUUGGGUACUCGGAUCUCCUUUUGCCCCAGGCUCUGUAUUUUGGGUGACGGGGCAGUCAUUGAUGUAGGAGAUAUGUACAUGAAGAAUUGGAUCCUGGCCGGUGUUAUGGUGGGCAGACAGGUUAUCCUUAGAGGAUGGAAGUCAGCUGGAGCCCUCUUGUUUCGUGAGUGGUGCAUGGAGAUGGGCAGGGUGACAGCUUGGGAAGAGUUGUCAUAUAGAAGGCUAGGUAACCCGGAUAUGUUCAUCAGGAGGUGGGGCAGCUAUUUGGCCUUUUUGGAGGGCUCUCAGGGAGGGGCAGUGGAGGGAGACCUGUUGUUUUAAAUUUGUAUGUUUUAGCCUUUUUGUUUUUGAACAUAUACUUUUUUUAAUGUAUAUCUAAAUAUUUUCUUCUGUUUUAUUUUCUGUUUGUGUGUCUUUGUCAGUUGUAUUUGACCACUGUGGUAUCUGUUUGUGUUGGGUGAUGGGGUGGGGUGGUUAAUAUUUGGGAGGAAGGAUUGUAAAUAAUAUAAUGUGAUUCCAAAUAUUCUGUUUUGUUUUUGUUUUGUUUUUAUUAUUAUUAUUUAUAUAUAUAUAUAUAUAUGUGUGUGUGUGUGUGUGUGUUAUAUGGAAUCAAUAAAAACUUUUAAUAA